AUGGCUGGAAUAGACUCAGGAAUCGUAGGUGUUGCCUGUGAUAAUAAUGGCAAAUGUAUAAACACAGAUCAUAACUCCAAAUGCAAUACCAACAGCCGAAAAUGCGAAUGUUCCCUGAAUUCGACCUUCAUGCCAAGAUGCCAACCAAUUGGAACUGUUGGUGGACCCUGCAAGCAGGGCCACUGCGUGAGCAAGAAUUCUGUAUGCGAUAGUGAAAGUGAUUUCUGUGUGUGCGCGACUAGCCAUGACCUUAUAGAUGGCGCAUGUGUUGCAAGAGGCGCAUUUAUGGGACUUUGCGUACAGCACGGCUGUCCGUUGGACAAAAACGCUGUUUGCACAGACGGAAUAUGUAAAUGCCGAAUCGGUUCAUCGCCGUACUACGGGAUGUGCAUACCAAAUCAGGCCAAUCUCGGUACGUGUAAUGUUGCAGCAGCACAGCUUUGUCAUGAUAAAAAUGCCAUCUGCAUGGACGGUAGGUGCAUGUGCAACACGGCAGAUAAAGCCUCAAACAUCGGCGGAUCUUGCAUAAAACCCGGUGCUGUGUUUGGACCCUGUGCCGAGCUCAGCUCCUGUCCGGAUGAUCCUAAUGCGAUAUGCAUGGAUGGCAUGUGCAUGUGCCGUGCUGGAUUUGCUAAAGUGGGGUCCCGCUGUGUUCGAGACGGUAAAGACGGUGGAGUUUGUGUGGGCGACACCUGCCCAAAUGACGUCAACGCUCAAUGCAACAACAAGAUGUGCGUGUGCAGAACUGGCUACAGCAGAAUUGGGGGGAUUUGCAGAGCAAAUUCUUAG